GAGCGAGCAGCAGCCUCAGGCGAGAGCGACACAAGUGGCGAGAGCCAAACCGCAACUUAACGAGGCGAAACCCCCUCUCCCCCUCGCUGAUUCGCGCCGCCGCCGCCCGCCGCCCUCGCGAAGCACCUACGCGCCCCUUUUGCGCCGCCGUCUGGAAGGUUUUCGCCUCAGGGCACCUACUGUAGCUACAAGGACCAGCCUUGCAGAAGUAUGAAUCCUUAUUUUGUUGGUUUCCUUGUCCCCGUCGCGGUCUCCCUGCUGCUCCGCAAGAGGAGAAAGGCCGAAAGGAAGAGGGGAGUGCAAGUCGAGGUUGGUGGAGAGCCUGGAUAUGCAGUCCGUAACUAUCGGUUUGAACAGCCUGUUGAGACACACUGGGAAGGGGUGUCCACCCUUGCUGAGCUUUUCGAGCAAUCUUGCAAGGAGUAUGUCUACAUGCCCCUCUUUGGCACCAGGAAGCUCAUUUCGAGGGAAAUUGAAUCAGCACCUGGUGGAAGAUCAUUUGAGAAGCUUCAUCUUGGCGAGUAUGAAUGGAAGUGUUACGCUGAGGCCUUCAAGAGCGUCCGUGACUUCUCAUCUGGCCUAAUUCGAUUAGGCCACCAGAAGAAUGAGCGUGUUGCAAUUUUUGCUGAGACGAAAGCUGAAUGGCAGGUUGCUUUGCAGGCAUGCUUCAGACAAAAUAUUACAGUUGUCACCAUCUAUGCCUCAUUGGGAGAGGAAGCAUUGUGCCACUCACUAAGUGAGACUGAGGUCACUACUGUAAUUUGUGGUCAGAAAGAACUAAAAAAGUUGAUUGAUAUAAGUGGGCAGCUUGACACUGUAACACGUGUUGUAUAUAUCAAUGAGGAAGGCAUCUCGGAUGAAGUUUCUUUAGCUCGAAACAGCACUAGCUGGAUAAUUGAGUCAUUUGAUGAAGUGGGUAGGUUAGGAACUGAAGCACCUGUUGAAGCAAACAUGCCUCUCCCAUCUGAUGUUGCAGUGAUAAUGUACACAAGUGGUAGCACCGGAUUACCCAAGGGAGUUAUGAUGACCCACCGCAAUGUCCUGGCUACACUCUCAGCAGUUAUGACAAUAGUGCCUGCACUUGGUAGUAAAGAUAUAUACUUGGCCUACCUCCCACUUGCACACAUUCUUGAGCUGGCAGCUGAGGCACUAAUGGCUGCUGUCGGGGCCUCCAUCGGAUACGGAUCACCUUUGACCCUGACUGAUACAUCGAACAAAAUAAAAAAGGGAACUCUAGGUGAUGCUUCGGCACUGAAACCAACAUUGAUGACUGCUGUACCUGCUAUACUUGAUCGUGUUCGUGAUGGUGUGAGGAAAAAGGUGGAUGCUACGGGUGGUGUAGCAAAGAAAUUGUUUGACAUUGGCUAUAACCGGCGGCUUGCAGCAAUCAAUGGAAGCUGGCUUGGUGCCUGGGGAUUGGAGAAACUCUUGUGGGAUACGCUUGUUUUCGGAAAGGUGCGUGCAAUUUUGGGAGGAAAGAUUCGUUUUGUACUCUCAGGUGGAGCACCUCUAUCUGGGGAUACUCAGAGAUUUAUCAAUAUAUGCCUUGGGGCUCCAAUAGGGCAAGGGUAUGGUCUGACUGAAACUUGUGCUGGUGGUACAUUUUCUGAGUAUGAUGAUACAUCUGUUGGCCGUGUUGGUGCUCCACUACCUUGUUCAUAUAUUAAGUUGAUCGACUGGCCUGAAGGUGGAUACUUAAUAACUGAUUCACCUAUGCCUCGGGGAGAAAUAGUCAUAGGGGGUCCUAAUGUAACCAAAGGCUACUUCAGGAAUGAAGCCAAAACAAAUGAAGUUUACAAGGAUGAUGAAAAAGGUAUGCGGUGGUUCUAUUCUGGUGACAUUGGACGUUUCCAUCCAGAUGGCUGCCUUGAAAUCAUUGACCGUAAGAAAGAUAUUGUGAAGCUUCAACAUGGCGAAUAUGUAUCUCUGGGGAAGGUGGAGGCUGCUUUGAUUGUGAGCCCAUAUGUGGAGAAUAUCAUGGUUCACGCUGAUCCUUUCCACAACUACUGCGUUGCACUUGUGGCAGCUGCACGCAAUGAGCUGGAGAGCUGGGCUUCGCAGCAAGGAAUUACAUAUAGUGAUUUCUCAGAUUUGUGCCAGAAGGAAGAGGCUGUUAAAGAAGUGCUUGGAUCUUUAGCAAAGGCUGCAAAGCAAGCUCGACUUGAGAGGUUUGAGAUCCCAGCCAAAAUCAAGUUGAUACCAGAGCCAUGGACCCCCGAGUCGGGCCUCGUCACUGCUGCCCUUAAGCUCAAGAGGGAGGUGAUCAGGAAGACGUAUGAGAAUGAUCUGGCUCAGUUGUAUGCCUAACGGUUCUGCCACUCCUUUUGACACGUUCAGCUGUGGAGAUGAUAUAGAGGGCCAACAUGUCAAUGUUAAAAGGGACCAUUCUCGAGGUAGUUGAUCAUGAGGAUUGUGUUUUUUGUUCCGAUGGAGGAGGGUACCCUUGAGUUUUAAGUUGUGGCUUCUCUUUGAUGAUGAGAAGCUAUCCCGCCGUUUCAAGAGCACUUCGAUGUAGCCUCAUAUGAUGCUUCCUGCAAGUGUUUAAAAUAAAAUGGCAUCGGAUUCUUGUUGCUUUUGUUCUCUUAUCCUGAGAUAACUGUUGGCUGCUGGUUUUUAUCUUGAAUGGUGCGGUGCCUCUGUUCUUCA